CAAUGGAGAUUGGAGCUUCCCAAGCCCAGGUGCAACACCUACAGCCGCUGCCUUCGGCAACCAUGUCUUUCAGACACCCAAAAACGCUACCUUCCCUUCCCACUUUCAGGAUGCUUUCAGCACACCGCAAAUGCCAAGCUAUGCUACACCUCAGCAACCACAGUAUAGCAGGAUGACACCAGUACAGAGAACGCAGUCAUCGUCAGAGACUCUACGGUCCAACUUUUAUGCUGGUAUGCAAGCUGGUGUAAUGCAGCCGGUACCAAUGCCACAACAGAUGAACUACGCUCCUCAAGUGAUCAGUCCGGGACAAGGCAUGGCAUAUCAGCCUUCACCUGCUCAGCCAAUGAUGCAGCAUAUCAUUGCCUCACAGCAAAUGCAGACUCCACCACCAACUCGUGGAACGCCGGGAAGAAAAGUCCAGCAGCCAACACAAGUAGCGUUCGGAACGCCUUCCACAAUUGCCGCACGACGAUUCACAACCCCUCAGCAGCAGCUGCAGCAAGCACAAGCCAUACCACAAGGACCUUACACACCAGUGCAGUUCCCUCAAAUACAGUUCUCGCCCGACAUGUACCAGUUCAACAACUUUGGUCCAGCUUCUGCGCCAGUCAUGCCUCAAACACAAUUGUUGUGGGAUCAGGUAAGGAGUCCGAUGGCUGCAAUACCUCAACAAGCUUCUCUGGACGACCCUUUCGCACCUUCCAUACAGCAAUCGGGGACUUGGUCUUCAGUAUCACCAGCGAUGAGCCAAGGUCCCAUAAUGAGCUUCGAAACUCCAGCCAUGACCAGCUUUCCUGUGCAACCACCACAUCCUCGACCAGCAUCGGCAGCAUCACUACCUGGUGGUUUUGUCAACAACGCGAUGACGGUCGCGACUUCAGCGGCAAGUCUCGAUCCAUCUCUUAUAUACAGCUCGCCGGUCCGACCAAUCAGUCGGUCUGCAAGCAGGACAAGCAAAGUCAGGCCAGACAAGCCUGUCAAUAAGCGUAAGGACAGCGCACUCGAGAGCAAGGCACAGAAGGACAGUGUUUCGCCCGCGGAUAGUGGCCCCUCCAUAUCUGGACCCGGCCUGCGUAGAAGCAACACCGUUGGCAACCCACGUUCGGGCACCGCACAGUCUGCUAUAAGUAUGGCAGAGUCACUAAGCCGAAGCGAGAGCAUGCAACAGAUUCCACGGACUGCUUCGCCGCUGAAGAGGAUUGGAAGGACACCAUUACGAGCUAUUUCUGAGCACAAGCCCGUGCACCGGCCGUCUGUCAUUCUUACAGUAGACGAGAACGGGAUAGCACGUACCGAGACACGACGGCCCGAGCCCAGUCCGACGAAAUCCAUACGCGAACGCUAUCCAGGACUUUUCGACUCUGAUACGAGUGAUGAUGAGGACGAGGACGAGUCUGUCACGAGUGAGCAGCCUCCGAGCAGAAGUGCGUCGUUCAAUUUCGCCAGGAGCGAAGAGCGUCGCGCUAAAGCUGCCAGACUGGAUCCACCGGUGGAGAACUUGGAGGGCUUGAGCAUACCGCGUACCAACUCGGCGUUGUCUGUAAAAGGCGUGACUCCUUCACGAGCUGCAGUGGCCGCUGCUGCACAGCUGAGACGCAAGGGCAGUCUUCGGCGUACCAGUCGUUCUACGGCUGGUAGAAGGAACAUUUCUUCUUCUACGGGCUCCUUGAUCGAUUCAUGUUCUAUGGAUAUGUCUGUCGAAUCGGGUCAUGACAGUACAGCCGCCGGUGCUGAAGUCCACGCUGCGCAGAGUAUCUGGUCACCUCCAGGAUCUAUGCUCAGGCCUCGAGAAGCCACGCUGGAUGCGCACAACCGACGCUGGAGUAUGAUGUCGUUCGACCAGCAAGUACCGCAACAGCAGCCACUUCCUCGGACCCGUGCGGCGCCUCUGAUACGCUGCCUUUGCGGCCGAACAGAGGAUGAUGGCUCGCCGCUUCUGCAGUGUUCCUCCUGCACGCAAUGGUUACAUCCGACUUGUACGGGUCUAGAUCCAUACCAGCCACCACGAAGAUUUACUUGUUUUCUAUGUACGAAGCCAGUAGCGGCUGGUUUCCGCUAG